GUCCCCUUAUUUAUUAUCUUUUAUGCGGCUGUUUUAUUAUAAUUAUUUAGAAAACAUCAUACUUGCAAUAUUUAUCUUGUAGAAAAUCCCGUGAAAUAUCAUAUCAUUAAUAAAAGGAGAAUAAAUAUUUUUUACGUGUCGAGAAAUUUACAACGAUGUCUGCGAGUGUAUCACACACGGAAAAGGAAUUGGAUUUGAGUAAUGCUGGCCGUGGUGUGUGGCUUGUUAAAGUGCCUAAAUACAUAGCCAAUAAAUGGGAGAAAGCACCUGGCAACAUCGAAGUCGGCAAAUUAAAAAUUACCAAAAAUCCUGGACAAAAAGCUGAGGUAUCUUUAAAGUUAUCAGAAGCUGUCCUGGCUCUGAAAGAACCCGGCGAGGAAGAAAUACCAAAGCAACAUAGACUAGAUGUUACGACAGUCACUAGGCAAAUGCUAGGAGUAUUCUCUCACGUUAUUCGUAAGUACGAUACAAUUUCUAAGUCUGAUGUACCUUUGACCAAUGUUAAAACAACAACCAUUGUUGUUUUCACAGCGUCCACAAGCUCGGAUGCAAUCGUUCCCGAAACAGAGAAACUCUUCAUGGAGGGAAGGAUUGUACAGAAAUUAGAAUGCAGACCGUACGCUGACAAUUGUUACAUGAAGCUAAAGCUGGAAAGUAUUAAGAGAGCCUCUGUGCCACAAAGACAAGUUCAGCAAUUGGACAGAGUUGUACAGAAUUUCAAACCUGUCUCUGAUCACAAACACAAUAUCGAGUACGCUGAAAAGAAGAAGGCUGAGGGAAAGAAAAUGAGAGAUAACAAGGAUGCCGUGCUGGACAUGCUCUUCGCAGCAUUCGAGAAGCACCAGUAUUACAAUAUAAGAGAUCUUGUAAAAAUUACGAGGCAACCUAUUGUUUAUUUGAAAGAAAUUCUUAACGAGGUCUGCAAUUACAAUUUAAAAAAUCCUCACAGAAACAUGUGGGAAUUGAAGCCGGAGUAUCGGCAUUACAAGGAAGAGGAAAAGCCUGCGGAGGGCACUUCAAAGAAAGGCAACGAAUCGGAAGACGAUUGACUUUUCCGCUUAAAUUUCUUGGUUUGCUCAAAUAUUUGAAAAUGCUUGGAACAUUAGCAGCGGAUCGGCAUCGCAUCCGGUAUCACGUUUGCUUGACAUCUUGAUCUCUACUUUUUCAUUAGCAGCAAUAAACAAGACAGAGCCACGGGG